UCACACAGAUGCUUAUGGCAAAUGUUUGCUAAAAGUCAAAAUUAAGGAAUUAUUUGCAAUGAAAUGAAAUUAAUCACCAUAUAAUCAAUCUUUGAUUAUCAGAAAAAAUUUUGAUGUUUUGGAGUAAUUUUUUUUUUCUGGUCACUUGGCUGUUGAAAGCCAUUUAAUACUUAAAGUUCAAACUUCAAAUUAUCAAAGCUCAUAAGCUUUGAAUCAAUGAUAAAUUGAUGCCUUGUUCUUGGUCCCCCACCAACUUGAUUCCUACGUUUAUUUCAAGUCUCUAUCAUCCAUUGUGGUGAGCUAAUCCAUUCGAUUUUAGCCCCCUAAAUUUUCUAUUCCCUCGAAGCCAAACAUCUCAGGAAACCUGACAGAAACUCACCUACUUAUCAUUUCUAGUUUCUGAAAGCAGUGUUUACUUAGUAUAAAGCUUUGCAUGUUUGAUUGUUUUCAAGAUCCAAGCACACCCUUUUCUUUGCAUUGUUUGACAAGUUGUUUUUCAUGGAUCUUGUAAGUAAAAGUUACACGAAUACGAUCCGACUUUCACAAGCUCUUUCUCCAAUCACAAGUCCAGGAAAGUCAAUCUUGGGGCCUUAUUUGCAUUCAUCUGAUACAAGUUUUCCCAUUAUAGCUAUUGCUGUCGUAGGAAUUUUAGCUACUGCUUUCUUGUUAUUAAGCUACUAUAUCUUUGUCAUCAAGUGCUGCUUCAAUUGGCACAGGAUUGAUCUUCUAAGGCGAUUUUUUUUAUCUCGAAGACUACCCGAAGACCCUUUAAUGGCAUCCUCUCCAGCAAUGGAACAGAGAGGACUCGAUGAAUCUGUGAUAAGGUCAAUCCCAAUAUUUCAAUUCAAAAAAGGUGGAAACAGCAGAGAUUUUGGAGAGAGAAGUUUUUGUGAAUGUGCAGUUUGCUUGAAUGAGUUCCAGGAAGAUGAGAAGCUAAGAAUAAUACCAAACUGUAGCCAUGUUUUUCACAUUGAUUGCAUUGAUGUUUGGCUUCACAACAAUGCCAAUUGUCCACUUUGCAGAACAAGUAUUUCGAGUUCUAGUCGGUUCCCAGUUGACCAAAUCAAUGCUCCAAGAUCAACUCCACAAGAUCCAAAUCCAUAUACCGAAAAUAUCAUUAGUGAUGAUGAAGAUUUUGUGGUGAUUGAAUUAGAUAACCAUAGUUCCACUGAUCAAAUAUUGCUUGGUGCAGAAGAAAGAUUGAACUCGGGGGAGUUAUGGACACAGUCUAUUAGCCCUUCACCAAGGAAAUUGGAGCAGAGAAUUAUGCAGAAAAAAGCAAGAAAGCUUCAUAAAGGGACUAGCAUGGGAGAUGAAUGCAUUGACAUUAGAGACAAAGAUGAGCAGCUUGCAAUACAGCCAAUAAGGAGGUCUAUCUCAAUGGAUUCAUCAGCAGAUCUGCAGCUCUAUUUAGCAGUUCAAGAAGCUGUAAGACAAAGCAGACAAGUCACUGAGGUUAGCCCCAGUGAAGGUUGCAGUAGCAGAGUGAGAAGACCUUUCUUUUCUUUUGUUCACGGCAAAGGGUCCAAAAGUGCAGUUUUGCCCGUUUAUUUGGAGCCAUAA